AUGCCGGCUCUGCCAGCACUGCUGCUGUCAAUACACUUCCUCUCCUUCCUGCUAGUCACCAUGCCGCCACGCUCCCUCAGUCAGGCCCCUGUGCUCUCCUCCGUCCGCAUGGCGGCAAUCCUGGAUGACCAGUCUGUGUGUGGGCGCGGGGAGCGGCUGGCACUGGCUCUGGCCAGAGAGAACAUCAACAGCGUGAUGGAGGGUCCAGCCCGAGCCCGAGUGGAGGUGGACAUAUACGAGCUGCAAAAAGACUCCCAGUACGACACUACUGACACCAUGUGUCAGAUUCUACCCAAAGGCGUCGUCUCUGUGAUAGGUCCCGCCUCCAGCCCCGCCUCUGGCUCUACUGUCAGUCAUAUAUGUGGAGAGAAGGAGAUCCCUCACGUAAAAAUUGGUCCGGAGGAAACUCCUCGCUUGCCAUACCUGCGCUUCGCCUCUGUCACUCUGUACCCUAGCAACGAGGACCUGAGCCUGGCCAUCGGAGCCAUCUUGCGCUCGUUCAGUUACCCCUCAGCCAGCCUGGUGUGCGCCAAAGCUGAGUGCCUGCUGAGAUUGGAGGAACUGGUCCGCCGCUUUCUCAUCUCUCGGGAAACGCUGUCAAUCAGGAUGCUGGAUGACAACCUGGACCCUACGCCGCUGCUGAAGGAGAUCCGUGACGACAAAGUGGCCACCAUCAUCAUUGACGCCAACGCUUCUGUCUCCUAUCUCAUCCUGAAGAAGGCAUCAGAGCUGGGGAUGACAUCAGCAUUUUACAAGUACAUACUCACCACCAUGGACUUCCCACUCCUGAGAUUGGAUGACAUAGUGGAUGAGCAGUCCAACAUUGUGGGGUUCUCCAUGUUUAACACCACCCAUCCGUUCUAUUUGGAGUUCAUCAGGAGCCUUAACCUCUCUUGGUGGGAGGGCUGUGACCUGACGUACCCCGGCCCCGCGCUCUCGUCAGCACUGAUGUUUGAUGCGGUGCAUGUGGUGGUGGGGGCGGUGAGGGAAUUGAACCGCAGUCAGGAAAUCGGAGUGAAGCCGCUCAGCUGCACCUCUCCUCAGAUCUGGCAACACGGGACCAGUCUGAUGAACUACCUGCGCAUGGUGGAGUACGAUGGUCUGACAGGGCGUGUGGAGUUCAACAGCAAAGGUCAGAGGACCAACUACACCCUGCGGAUCCUGGAGAAACACCGAGGAGGCCACAAAGAGAUUGGAGUCUGGUACUCCAACAACACCCUGGCAAUGAACUCCACCAGUCUGGAUAUCAAUGUCUCAGAGACGCUGGCAAACAAGACGCUCAUUGUCACCACCAUACUGGAGAACCCAUAUGUGAUGCGCAGAGACAACUACCAGGAUUUCCAGGGCAACGACCAGUACGAGGGCUUCUGUGUCGACAUGCUGAAGGAGCUGGCAGACAUCUUGAAAUUCUCCUUCAAGAUCAAGCUGGUGGAUGACGGGUUGUAUGGGGCUCCAGAGCCCAACGGCUCUUGGACUGGCAUGGUUGGAGAGCUAAUCAACAGAAAAGCAGACCUGGCCGUAGCAGGCUUCACCAUCACGUCAGAGAGAGAGAAAGUUAUCGACUUCUCUAAGCCGUUCAUGACCCUGGGGAUCAGCAUCUUGUACAGAGUUCAACUGGGUCGAAAGCCGGGAUACUUCUCCUUCCUCGAUCCCUUCUCUCCAGCUGUCUGGCUCUUCAUGCUGCUCGCCUACCUGGCUGUCAGCUGUGUGCUCUUCUUGGCUGCAAGGCUGAGCCCCUAUGAGUGGUACAACCCUCACCCGUGUCUGCGAGAGCGCAGGGACAUGUUGGAGAACCAGUACACACUGGGAAACAGCCUGUGGUUCCCUGUUGGAGGCUUCAUGCAGCAGGGAUCAGAGAUAAUGCCCAGAGCCCUGUCCACCAGAUGUGUUAGUGGCGUGUGGUGGGCGUUCACCCUGAUCAUCAUCUCCUCCUACACGGCCAACCUGGCAGCCUUCCUGACCGUCCAGAGGAUGGAGGUUCCCAUCGAGUCUCCAGACGACUUGGCCGAUCAGACCAACAUCGAGUAUGGCACCAUCCACGGAGGGAGCACCAUGACCUUCUUCAUGAACUCACGAUACCAGACCUACCAGCGGAUGUGGAACUACAUGAAUUCCAAGCAGCCCAGUGUAUUUGUGAAAAGCACAGAGGAGGGUAUCGCCCGCGUGGUCAACUCCAAGUACGCCUUCCUGAUGGAGAGCACCAUGAACGAGUACCACCGCGGCCUCAACUGUAAUCUCACGCAGAUCGGAGGCCUGCUGGACACCAAGGGCUACGGCAUCGGCAUGCCACUGGGGUCUCCGUUCAGAGAUGAGAUCACGCUGGCCAUCCUCCAGCUGCAGGAGAAUAACAGGCUGGAGAUACUGAAGAGGAGGUGGUGGGAGGGAGGCCAAUGCCCCAAAGAGGAGGACCACCGUGCCAAGGGUCUGGGCAUGGAGAACAUUGGGGGCAUUUUCGUGGUGUUGAUCUGUGGCCUCAUCAUUGCCGUGUUUGUGGCCAUUAUGGAGUUUGUGUGGUCAACACGCCGCUCUGCAGAGACCGAUGAGGUGUCUGUCUGUCAGGAGAUGAUCACAGAGUUCCGAAACGCCGUCUCCUGUAAGAAGAGCUCCCGUAUGCGCCGCCGUCGGCCCCUCAGCAGCUCUGCAGCCCUGCGUCAUCCCACACGCAUAGCCCUGGGGGCCCCUCGGCCCCUGCGCCUGGUCCGGGAGAUGCGCCUCAGUAACGGCAAGCUCUACAGUGGAGCCGGCCCACUGACAGGUGGAGCUGGAGGAGGUGGAGGAGCAGGAGGGGUGGGGCCGCCCGAUCUGGGCCCCGGGCCUCAGCGGAUCCUAGAUGAUCCGCUGGGGGCCAACACCACCCCUCCUCCACCAGCCCCUACCCCUGUGAUGCUGCCCGCCCGCAGCUGCACCCAUGUGCGGAUCUGCCAGGAGUGCCGGAGGAUCCAGAGCCUGAGGUCAGGCAGCAGUAUAGGAUCAACCACAACGAGAAUACCACCUUCAUCAGCACCCCUGCCCAGGCUACCCCCGCCCCCGCCCCCGUCCUCAUCCAACACAGACAGUGAGGGCGGAGGGGGGCCCAGCCCAAGGCGGCUACACCACAGCUCCCCUCCUCACACCUCCCGACCCAUUCCACCUCCACAGAGCAGCAACACGACAGACCUGCUGGGUGACCAGGACUGAGAGCAGAAGCAGUGGGCGGGGCGAGAGGGCGCCGGUGUUGUAGACUGAGGAACAUUUGUGCUGCUGAGAGAAACACUGCUCGUUUCCAGAGGUGAAAUUCAUCGAAAAGAGGGAGCAAUGGAGAAAAGGAACUCUGCAACAUCAGCCAACAGGAAAUGAGACAACCUUUAAAAAGGAGGAUAAAGAGGGAAAGCCGUGACUCUUUCAUCAGUUGAGCUUACAGAUACAGAACUGGCUACAAGCACGCUGUGAGAUGACUCCGAAGAGUUCAGUUUUGGACAAAUCUGAGCGGAAAUGCACAUGACCAGAUGAUGGUUUCAUUGGCCCCCUGUUUCUCUCCGUACUCCCCCUCUUACUUCACCUUUAGAUUUGAGGGUGCUGGUUUUCUUCCGCAGACACUUCCCUGGAAGCUAACUACCCCUCUAGUAAAACGAAGCCUUGUUGGAGGACAUACUGUAUCCGUAUGUGAUUUAAAACAGCAACUAAAAGACUUCCAGAGAAUUAUUUCCUGUUGUUUUUUUUCUUUUGUUGUCUUUCUUGUUUUGUUACCAUUGUUCUAAGUGGGAAGUUAAAUACAGACUAUGUGUGACAAUAUGGUGGAUUAUAACAUACUAAGAAACUCGACUGCGGCUAAUUGUGUUCAAGAGUUUUGUGUCCCUCCCUGUGCCCCAUAGCUGCUUUUCGGAUGGUAUCAGGGAAGAUGGA